AUGCAGAGCACUGUCCGUGCUUGGUUGCAGGACAAAAGCCUUCGCAUUACACAUAACCUGACAAUAUUCGGUCUCCUGUUGAUCGUCGCCGGGAAUAUCUAUUUUGGGCUGAAAAAUCCGAUCAGCGAUCAGCAGGUUCAGCUGAGAAAAUUGGAGCUCCAGCAGCUAGUCUCAAUGUUCCAGCACGACGCCGAGACACAUGCCAAGGUUAGGGAAGGGGUCUUAAUAAGGAACGACUUGCCUCCGAGAGCCGCUGAUCUCAUAUAUGACCAAGGUGAUUACUAUUUCAAUGAUUCACCAAUGGAAGUUAGAAUUCAUUGUUCAUGA